UUGAUUUAUCGCAUCACGGUUUGGGUGCUGUUACCUAUACUUAAGCACAUAUUAUAGGUACAUAACUGUCUACUCCAAAUAAAUGUAAAGAAUCUUGAAUAUGAACGCCUAUAAACAGCGCAUGUUUCACCCUGUCUUGACGGCUCGACGCAUGCGUAUAGCGCUAAUGUAUAUGGGGCAAGGUUUUCAACUCAGCAUGGGUUGACGCAGUGCUCACAAAAUGAGGGGUGGAAGUUCAGAACGCUUGGUUGUACGGCCCUCUCGACGCAGAGGGGAAACGCGUGCUAAACUUACGCGAUAUAUCACGGUAAUACUCGCUACUUUGUUGGGAGGUGGUGGCUCCGCGUUGCUCUUUCUCGUCCCACUGUACGCUGACCCAGCGCUGAGUGCCCUAGCCGCGGACUUCGAUCCGGUGCCAGCAGAGUGUGUUACCGAGAGACGUGAUGACCGACUCGGCCUGGACAACUGCACCUGGGCUUCCUGUAGAGAGGGCUGUACCAGCGACGCGUAUAAAUGCACACAGCUACACGUGAAGUAUAAAGCUCACUCGGAGGAAUGGCGUCCAGCUGUCCUGUUUGUCAAUAUAAAAGGUUGCGGCUAUCCACCUGCAGUCGACUGUGAAAAUUUUACAACGAGCUACGGGUAUGUGGGGGCCAGGUACCCGUGUUUUUGGUCCCGAGCUGAUACGUCCGUCGUUGUGCCACGUUGGUCUCGUGGAGAACAAGUUGCUACUGUGACGAGGACCUUGGCUGUACCGUUGUUCCUGUCUGGUUGUGCUGGGAUUGGACUGUGCGCCCUGCACUGCGAGUGCAAGCCUCGCCGCCGCCGACGUCCGCCGCGCCGCCCUCCACGUUUGCCUACUCUCUCGCCCGAUGACACAUCAGUCUACCGACUAGCUUAAACGAAAUAAGCACAAAUUAUAUUUUCGAUAGUGAGAAUGUAAAUAAUACAUGUGUAAAUAUAUAUUUAUCAGCAGCUAUUCGCUGUCUAUAUAUUUUAUUUCAUAUUCAUCAAAACCAGAUUUUGAGGGUAAAAACAAAUGAGAAACUAUUGAAGAAUCAACUAUUUAUUGUAUAAAGAGAUGCCAAUAAAAAUAAAAUAAAA